UCAUUUGCACAGCGUGCUAGUUUCGCGCCAGCAUUUUCGCGGGGAGUGACAACUACACUGUUAAUCGGCGAGAAAUGAAACACCCCAAAUAAGAUAAUAUCGGUUAUACUUGCAGUAUAUUUGUGGCGUUUAUGGUAUACUUUUAUUUGAUCGUUUGUAUUCUAUCAGGAGUACUAAGCCCUAGGUGUGAGAGGAACCAGGAUGAUGGCGACAGUGCCCCUGACUAGCUCCAGUCUCCUCCCUCUGCUGGAAUCUCUGGAGGAUAUCACAGCCGGACAGCCGGAGCAGACAGACGCCUACCUCACCAUUGUCAAUCGUCUCAGUGGGGAUGACGGAACACACUUUCUCCCUGCCGUUGUAAAGAACUUUUCACGUUUGGGUAAAACUUUCCAGACCCAUAUCUCCAGUCAGAAUGCAGAGCUGAGCCAGGCUGCACUACAGGCUCUGGGAUUCUGUGUGUUCCAUGCCCAUGUCGUCUCAGCUAUCCCAGCUAAUUUUGCAGAGGAGCUACUGUCAGCUCUUUCCUCUCUGGUGGUGAAGUCUACAGACAAGAACACAUGCACCAGAGCAUUAUGGGUCAUCUCCAAGCAGAACUUCCCUCCAGAGGUGGUGGCCAAGAUGGUUCCAGAGAUUCUGAGGACCCUGGAGUGUGUACGGACUAGAGAAGACAUCCAGUCUGUUGUCAUGGAGCAUGAGUCGUUGAAUGUUAUCAUAAGGUUGCUGGACCAGGCUCCAGCCGAGAUGGGUGAGCACGCAGUGCAGUGGGCCAAGCUGGUCAUCCCUCUGGUGGUCCACUCAGCCUCUAAAGUGCGCCUGCGGGCAGCAGCAGCCCUGGAGAUGGGUCUGCCUCUACUAAUGGAGAAACAGAAAGAGGUGUCAGCCAUCAUAGAACCCAUCAUGUCCUCAAAACUCAUCCCAGAGCUCCAGAAACUGUUCUCUACGAAGAACGAGACCAAUGUUCUGAAACUCUGGCCGUUGUUUGUCAGGCUCCUAGGGAAGCUGCUCCAUAGAGGUGGUCCCUUCAUCAACUCCCUGCUUGGCCUGGAGGAACUGGGCUUCCGUAGCUCCUCCCCCAACAUAAAGAAGAUCGCCUUCAUCGCCUGGAAGAGCCUCAUAGACAACUUUGCCCUCAAUCCAGAGAUCCUGUGCAGUGCCAAGCGGCUAAAGUUGCUGCUGCAGCCCCUCAGCUCCAUCCAGGUGAGGACUGAGGCCCUGCUGCUCACCAAGCUGGAGGUCUGGUGGUACCUGGUGGUCAAACUGGGACCCAACCUGCCUGCACACUUUGAACAGGUUGGUGUUCCUCUCCUCCAGUGCACCCUGGGCACUGACUCUACCUUCCCAACUACUCCUGCCCGGAGCUCCAUUCAGGGCAGUGCUGUGGGGACCAGUACACACAAAACUGGCGCCCCAGCCUUCUCCAGCCCAACGGUGAUGCCCCGUCUGAGCCUGAACUGCAGUGUGGUGGCGGGCCAGGCCUACCCCUCUAUACAGCUGCUGGGAUUAGAGAUGCUGCUGCACUACUUCAUGGGGUCAGAGGUCACCAUCGCUGCUGCCAAGAACCAACUGACGCUCAGCCUGGAACCUCUGGUUCACCCCUUCCUGUCCAGCCCCCCCUCCUUCACCAAGCACGGCUCUUUGCUCAUCUCCGCAGUCCGCGACAGCUUCAUCUGCAUCGGCAAAGACGCCCCAGAUGCCUUGCUUGCCCUUAUAUGGAGGAACCUUGUCAGUUUCAUAAUCGCAACAAUUGAUGCUGGAGGUGGCUCGGAGUGUGGAUGUGAGGAAUUGAGGAAAGGCAACUUGAGAAAACGCCCUGGUGUCUUCAAACGUCUAUCCUCCUGUCCCUUGUACCUUUGUUAUGUGACAGCUGGCCAUAAGAAAGAGCGCCAGGGCUCUGAGGUCCUCCCCCUGUUACUACAGGCUCUACAGAGCAUCAUCUCCUCAGAGGCCCUCCCUGCACACAGGGCUCUGAGUCUGCUGGAAAUGACAGUAAAGGGUAUCCCUCAAAGGAUACUGGGAUCUGCCUCUUACCAAGUGGGCAAAAUGGAUCUUUUGAACGGAACCCCGGCUCUGUUCCUGGUUCUCCUGUUCUACAACAGCAGUCUGGUGGCAGGCUUCGUAGAGGAUGAGAGGUUUUUCCUGUGUUUAGAGACCCUAGUGAGCUGUGGUCUCUCAGGCCUCACGUCCCCUCUGGCAUUUGGGGAGGCGGUCCUGGGGGCGGUGGGGCGCAGCGCGGCGACUCUGGGAAAUAAGGAACACCUGUGGAGGAUGUGGAGCGUGGUGGUCAACCCACUGACUGUUACCAUCACACAGACCAAUGAGGUGAACCAAGGGGACGCUCUGGAGCACAAUUUCAGUGCUGUUCACACUGCCCUGAUGUUCCCCAUCACACACCUGCUACCUGGCAAGGCCCUGCCACAGACGACCCAGAAGUCCAUGCUGGGUAUGUGGUCCAGGCUGUAUAAGGUGUUUGCCUGCUGCUCUGCCCUGGUGGCCACGGCCGAGGAGAACGUCUGCUGUGAGGAGCUGUGUGGCAAAAUGGCUGCCCUAUUGGACAGGAAGGCCCUGAGGGUUCCGUCAACGUUGGAUGCGGUUGCUAACAUCCUCCUGGUCAUCGUUGAGAGUUCUGACUUCUCUCCCUACACUCCACAGUUUCAACAGAAGAUGAAAUCUCCCCACACCCCUCUGGCCUGGGUGCGUAAGAAAAGCAAAGCCCUUGGGAACCUGUCUACCUUCCAGACCCUGCUGGUCCAGGCCCUGGAGGUCUUUAAUGCUGUUGAGGCUCCUGAGACUGUCCCUGAAGGUACAGGCCUGGCCCUGGUCUCCAUCCUCUCUACCCUGUUCUCUAAUCUGUCCCUGGCUACAGCCAUCCAGGAGGCCCUGGCCUCUCUCACACAGCCCCUCACAGCCCUCUAUGAACAGCCUGGGAGGACUCCAAAUGAGCAGCCGAAAUCCACCUCAAAUCUUGGAGCAAAGCUGGAGAAGCUCCUGGUUGAUGUGUUGGGCUGCCUGCAGACAUGUUCAGCCCUGGCCUAUGAUGACGAGCUGCUGUCCCUGCUGUCCCCCCUGCUCUGUGUCCUGUUCCUCCACCGGCGAAAGCACGUCCGCUCCCUCGUCACACAGUUCUGGAACACAACCUUCGCUAACGCUUUGGUCCUCGUCUACCCAGAAGAACUCAAGCCAGUGUUGAGCCAGGUGAAGCAGAACACUCCUAUCCUCUUACCUGGCUUUCAGUCUGUUGAAGUUCCAGAUGAGCUCAGUGGACAGUACUCAAGUGAGAGCUCUCAGCUGGAGACCAAGCUGAGUGGAGUGCAGGUGACUCCUGGGGUGAAGAGAGACUCUCUACUGGCGAGGGCUGGAGAGAUGGACAGGAACUACAAGACAUCCAAGCCUGUCUCUAUGAAGCUCGACUUUGGCUCUCCCAAGCCGCCUCGUAGAGAGGAACUGGAGGAGCAGGCCUCUAUAGACUUUGUGUUCAUCCCCCCCGAGACCAAGGAGAGACUCCUCACCGAGCACCAGAAAGAGGUCAAGAGAACCAAAAGGGUUGACAUUCCUGCCAUGUACAACACCCUGGAUGCUUCCCUUGAUACCACGGUCUUCACCCAGUACACACAGAGUCAGGAGGAAUCACUGGACAAAUUGCCAGCAGACGAGCAAGCCGAAGAUGCUGAAAAGGAUGAGGUUAAAGCGGAGGUUCCAGAAGAAAACAUGGAAAUGGGGGAGGACGUUGCUAAUGACACCCAGGAAUAUAUCAGUCCAACCAAUGAGACAGCAGAAUCUGCAAAGGGAGAGGAGCCUGCUGAUGAGUUACUUCCUGAGUCUGCAGACAUUUCCAUGGAGGAGGAUGUCAAUGAAGAUGUUUCGUUGAAGGAAGACUCUGCCAUGGAGACUAGAGAGGGUACCAGCCCUGAUGUCUCUGGCGGCUCUGACAUGGUCUCAGGGACGCCUCAGAAAACCAACAGUCGUCGCCAGUCUUUCAUCACUCUGGAGAAGUAUGCUGAGGGGAAGCCUGCUAGUCCUGCCAGCGUGGUGACGUUUACAGGUCCCCUCACCAGGACCGCUAACAGCCAGGCGCAGGCGGCUUCCCCUCCGGAACCACCGGCAGGGGCCGGCCAGGCGCAGGCGGCUUCCUCUCCGGAACCACCGGCGGGGGCCGAUACGGACUCGCAGGCGGCUUCCUCUCCGGAACCACCGGCGGGGGCUGAUACGGACUCGCAGGCGGCUUCCCCUCCGGAACCACCGGCAGGGGCCGGCCAGGCGCAGGCGGCUUCCCCUCCGGAACCACCGGCAGGGGCCGGCCAGGCGCAGGCGGCUUCCCCUCCGGAACCACCGGCAGGGGCCGGCCAGGCGCAGGCGGCUUCCCCUCCGGAACCACCGGCAGGGGCCGGCCAGGCGCAGGCGGCUUCCUCUUCGGAACCACCGGCGGGGGCCGAUACGGACUCGCAGGCGGCUUCCCCUCCGGAACCACUGGCGGGGGCCGAUACGGACUCGCAGGCGGCUUCCCCUCCGGAACCACCGGCGGGGGCCGGCCAGGCGCAGGCGGCUUCCUCUCCGGAACCACCGGCGGGGGCCGAUACGGACUCGCAGGCGGCUUCCCCUCCGGAACCACCGGCAGGGGCCGGCCAGGCGCAGGCGGCUUCCUCUCCGGAACCACCGGCGGGGGCCGAUACGGACUCGCAGGAGACUGAACAAGCAAGAUGUAGAAGCUCCAAGAAUCAGUCUUCCAAAAAAGAGGGAGAGAAACCUGAACCUUCAGAAGACAAAAAGCAAUCUGAGGUUGAGAAACCAGCUGAGAAAAGAGCAAGUGAAACCGAUGAGGACGACGUCAUCCCAGACACCCAGACUCCGGUGGAAAUACUGAAGGAAGUUUUAGUUCCUGCAGUUGAAGAAGUAGUAAUGGGAAACAACAGUCAGAAAGAAGAGGAAUCUCAAGAUCUUCUGGAAGGUUCUCCCAGUUCCCAGGCCGAUCUGAGCCAAGAUGAACCAAGGCGGUCCGGACGGCGGAGGAGCAGGCCACUGAGACCAGGAGAAGAUGCAGAGGAAUGGGAAGAGAAAGACAAACGGAGGAAGUCUCAACCCAAAGAGGCAGAGUGUCAAAUGGAUUCACCGAAGACUGCGCCCUCUCCUGCCAGUCAAGCAGAUGGUCAGUCACAGGGUAGAGCCAGUAGAAGAAGUAAGCUGGCUGUUGACGUGGAGGACCGUGGAAAAGACAAGCUGAGAAAAAGAAGUCACAAGGAGGAGAGCGAGUCGAGCCAAUCAAAUUCACAGGUGGCCACGCCUUCACCUGCUGCUGAUAUCAACAGCCAAUCACAGGGUAGCAUGGUAUCAAGUAGGAUCCACAAAUCAGAGGAUCUGGUCAAAGACAAACAGAAGAGAGGUGUUGCAGAGGAGCUCAGUCAAAGUGACUCUCAAACAGACACCCCCUCUGCAUCUGAUAAUGAUAGCCAAUCACAGAGUAGAUGUAGUCAGAGGAGUAAGUUGGUUGUGGAAGUGGAGGAUGAUUGCAAGCAGAAACUAAGGAGUAUUUGGCCUCAGAAGGUGGAGAAGACGAGCCAAAUUGAUUCGCAUGUAGCCACAUCAUCUCAACAAGAGAGCCAGUCUCAGGGUAGUGCAAGCUGGAAGAGCAAACCGCUCAGUGAUUUGGAGGAGGUUGACUUUGUAGACGAGGUUGACAAGCAGGAUCCUACUGAGCACCAAAGUGAUUCUCAGAUUGCCACACCCUCUCCUGCUGAUCAAACAGGAGAUGGCCUAUCACAGGGUAGAUCUAGCAGGAGGAGUAAAUUGGUCACCGAGUCAGAAGAACAGGGUAAAGGCAAGCCAAAGAGGAGAGGCGGUACAGAGCUACUCAGCCAAAUUGACUCACAGACUACACCUUCAACCAUACCUUCAGCCACUCCAAUAGACAGCCAGUCGCAGGGUAGAGCAAGCAGGAGAAGCAAGGUUCCCAUUGAAGUGGCUGAGUCUGAGGUCAAAAGAAGCCCGCAUUUGGCCACUGAUUCAGCAGCAACACCAGAGAUGAGCCAGACUCAUUCUCAGGUUGGUCCUUCUGCCACCAGUCCAACAGACCGCCAGCUGAGGCCCAGAACCAGUAAAAGAAGCAAGAUGUUAAAGGAGAAGGUGAAAGCGAACAGCAGCCCUAACCCAACUCCUAAUAUGGAGACUGAGAACUCACAGGUGGCAGAUACAGAAUCCUCACAAGGAAGUGGAAGGACUACAAGGCGCAAUGCCUCCCACACCUUACUAGGCUCCAACGUGGAGAACUCUGAGUCGGAUUCUUCAAAGCCCAGGGAGAAUGUGCAGAAAGGCCGGAAGCCCCCGUCAGCUGGAGCGGUUCCAAGGCCACUAGUUACAGUUGGAUCAGCAGAGCCAGGGGCUGACCAAGAGAAAUCAAUGGAUAGUUCUGAAACUUCUCAAAAGUCAGACUCGCAAAACCCAUCAAGUGAGGCCUUAGAAGUCAAGAUUCCACAGGAUGUGGAGGAAGCCCUUAAAAUGGUCAACUCCCUUAAACCUGAAGUGGUAGUUCCACGUCUCCCUGUGAUAACUAAGAAAGAUAUGGGGCAGAGGGAGACAGACAUGGUAGAUAUGGAGGGGGGUGUGGUUGAGGCAGUUGACCCCGUUGUACCAGAGAAGGCUGAGAGUGAAAAUACUAAGCUUUCUUCUCAACAGACGGACUCUUCAGUAGAACCUGAUCUAGAACAUAUGAAGAGCCAGGAUGUGUGUAUGUCUCGACGGAAGAAGGAACGUGGACAUAAAUGUUCAAAAAGCAUAGCGAAUUUCAACACAGUCUCCUCUCAGGAGAGUGACCAUGGUGACCUAGAAUGUGACAGUCCAACACAGAUCCAAAGUAAGCUGCUCACUGACUCGGAGCAGGCCAACUCUCCCACGCCUUACACUGAAGGAAAUGCCAUAUCUGAAGAUGGAUUAAACAAACUAUAUACCCCUCCCAUUGCCAAUGGUUUCCCCACAGAUACUUCACCUACUGAGGCAACAGAGGAGAAACUGAGUCUUCAGGUCUCUGAGUCCUCAGAGAAGGUUUUAGAUGGGCCGAAGCCUGUGGCUGUCUCCAGUGAGGAGGAGCAGAUGGGAGAAGACGAGGAGAACAGACAUCCAGAGUCUGCUACCAAUGUUCUAGAGGAGGACCAACUGGAAGAUGUUGGCAUGUCUAUUGGGCAAGCCCAGCCAGGGUGUUCCAAAGCCUUAGAUGAGGAGCAACGGGAGGAGCAGUACACAUCUAUCAAAGAAGGACAGCCAGAGGCUGACAGCACCUCUACUGGAACCAGAGAAACCCACACUGAGCCUCAGGCGGACAACGUUCAAGAUAUCACUCCUCUCAAAGAGAGGGCAAAAACUGACAAUGUAUCUGGCCUCGAGGGUGAAGAAACCCAGAUGGACAAUAAUGACCUAGAUCUAUCUCCUUUAAACUCUUUUACCCUUGUGUCCUCUGACCUUCACGAAGCCCCAGUGCCUCUACAUCAACCAAGUACCUCUAAAGACAUGUUGUGCCAAGACUCCCCACCCAAGCAGAAGGAUGCUGUGAUGGGGCUGGAGGUGGUCCAUAGCCCCAGCAGUGGCAGGACCAGGGGGUUGUGGUCUCCCUUAGCUUCCCCCUCCACCUCUAUCCUGAAGAAGGGACAGAAAAGACCAAUAGAAGAGGAGAGUCCUUCGCCUUUCACCAAGUCUCGACGAGUAUCAUUUGCUGACCCAAUCCAACACCAGGAGCUGGCAGAUGACAUUGACCGUCGCAGCCCUGUCAUCCGAUCCAGCUCCCCAAGGAUCAAAACUACCAGCAGCAGCAUCCCUCAGGCCAAGUAUGUAACAACACCAACAAAGGGCUUACUGAUCCUCAGUCCACGCAAUCUCCGCAGCCCGGGAUACAAGAGCUCCAAGAAAUGCCUGAUCUCUGAGCUGGGCCAGGAGCCGAGGCCCAUCCCUAAGGACUGUGUGUACCCGGCCCUGGUCCGCUGUUCUACCCCUGUGGAAGCAGUGCUGCCUCAGAUCACCUCCAACAUGUGGCCUCGUGGCUUUGGCCAGCUUGUGCGAGCCCGGAAUAUCAAAACUGUCGGAGACCUCAGUGCUCUCACACCAAGUGAAAUCAAGAACCUUCCCAUUCGUUCCCCAAAGAUUUCUAAUGUGAAGAAAGCACUUAAAAUAUACCAUGAACAGCAGCAGAAGGGCCGUAGUGAUGAGCUGAAGAGUUUUGAGGAGAUGGAGAAGAUGACAUCUGAGCUGGAGGAGCCAACAUUUCCUCAGAACCAGGAAGAGGACAAGACUCCAGGAGAUGCCCUAGUCACAGAGUUGUUGGAUGAGCCAGUGUUCAAGGAGCACGAGGAACAUCCAGAGGAGAGACCGGACCAGAGGCCUGACCACCAGAAGACUGCUGAAGGGGGUCUGCUGUUGGAGGUGGAGUCUCUGGCAGCUCAUCUGAUGGGUGAGGGAUUGAGCCACUGCUCCUCUGACCAGCUGGUUCAGAUCCAUGAUCAGCUGGGAGGCAUGAUGAGGACUGUGGUGGUGCAGCUGCAGAGCAGAGUACUGGCUCAGAACAAGGACAGCAGACCCUGAUCCAAACACUAUACAGUCCCGGGGUUUGGAUUACAUAUUUUGGGAAUGCCCGACGUGAAGUCUCUUGAAGAUGCCUAUUGACAAUUGUGGGGGGUGGCAUAUUGGUGUUUGAUUUCUUACAGAGGUCUUGAUUUGUUUGUGGGUGCCCAGGCCCCCCAGCCCCCAUGGACUUCAAACCCCCCCAAUCAAGGUUUCCCCCCUCACACUGACUCUUAAAGAAAUAAAAUAUCUUAGAGUUAACCAAGUACUACACCACAAGUCCACCAGGAUCUGUUGGGAUUGUGUUUUUAAACUCCUGUUCCUUUUUCCUUGUCCUCUCCGAUGGCUGAGGGAGACAUUUUUAUAAAUGCUAAAAAGUGGUGGUGGUGAUUAGUUGUCAUGGCAACGGUGAAAGCAAAGCAUGGGCUCUGAUAGGCUUUGCCAGGAAGUGAUAUUUUAAGGAUACAUUGUGGUCAGGAGAACGUUGUGUACUUAAAUAAAGGUUUUAAUGAUGGAGGCUGUAUCACAGUGAGGUUCUUUGGAUGGAUGGGAAGUUUAGAAGUUGUAUACAGUAUGUGAGCAUAAGGCAAUGUAUUUCUGUUCUGAAUUCAUGAUUAAUGCCAGUACUGUGGCUGUCAUAGAUGGUCAGGCCACGACAUUACCUGCCUCCAGGGUAGUUUGUUUGUUUUGUCUAUUAAACAGCUCCCCAAAAAACUGA